GAUGUUCGCAAAGUCGAUGUCCGACUCAGUCGUCGUAACUUCACUACUUUUUGCCUGACAAAUAUCUGCCACUGCAAGCACCUGUGCAGCACCUUCUCGGCGACCACCAGCGCUCGCUGCUUUGCACUUGGGGCUCGCAGAUGGACAUACGAAUGUCUCCUCGAAACUAGGUCCCUCGGCCGAUCGCUCUCGAGCUGAUAGUGAAUAUUUUUCUCCAUUCCGAACGGGUCUAUCGACCCUCUUGCCUGGCUAUCCCCAAGACUUUCAUCAGAAUGGCCUCUUCGGAUCCCAGAAGCGAUCCGAUGGUAUCCAUCGACGUGCUCGAGGAAGUGGCAUUCACGGGAAGGUCAGAUGUGAGGGCGGUGAUCCCGCCGUCAGCAUUCCUGGGUAGCUUGGUACCAGUCUCGCUCGCCUACAUUCUCUUUAGCACGCCUCGUCUGAGGAAUCAGCCGGCUUUCUGGAUACUGGGCUUUGCGUUGGUCUGGAGUUGGACUUGGUGCAUACUCGUCAUCAGCCUUUGGCACGAUGAUAUCAGGCAAAUAGAUGACGAGGGUUAUCAUGCCCGGCUUUGGCUACUGGUAGAGCAGAACAUCGAAUCAUGGAUGAGGCCCAUGCUCGUCUGGAUUUGCGACCUUGCCUUGAUCUUCAAAAUAUUGGCUUUCUAUCCUUCGCAGCUGCACAGCCUCCAAAGGAGAUUGUGCUUCCUGAUCGUACCAUUCGCUUUGAUCCACCUUGCCCGCCUAGGUCUACUCAUCGGCGUCCUCGUCACGUCAAUCCAAUUUCUAUACGGUCCUUUGGCAGACUCUGGUUACCUAUCCGGAGCGAGUACGAUCACGUUAGCGAUAGCUCAGACUUCUUUAUCUGUGGUGGAGAACCUGGCUUGCAGUGCCAUCUUGAUAGCCAAAGUUGUCUCGUACUGGCGCAUGCCAUACAUCUGCUCAACAAGAUCGACAGCGGCUCGAAUGCGGCUCAAGUUCUUGCUGGAAGCGCUGCUCUUCACCUUCCUGCCGGCCACGCUUGCGCAAGUUUCCUUGCUCAUCGUGGACUCGAUCACGUACAACACGCCAAACAUCACCACGCCAUUGGCCAGAGGUCAAGAAUACUCUUCAUAUCUCGCGAUGGUCACGAGUAUGCAUUUCGGUCUGCUGGCGGUGUGGUGGUCCGGUAUCCGAGCCCAGCCUCGAAGCGCAAUACGCAGCUCCGCGGGUGGCAGCGCAGGCGACAAAGUCGUUGCAGGAGAAACUGCUCAGACGGGGGAGACGGGGAGCGGGUACAAGCGACGUGCAGGCUUGAGGAGCCGUAAAGGUCAGAUGUCGUCUUCUCAGGAUGCGGAUGCCCAAGACAGAUCCAUCUUGUCUUAUCUCUCCGUGGAUAGAGAAGGGGAAGUGGACUUCGAAGACUCUUACGAACCGGAGGAGUCCAUGGAGGUGCUCCAGACCAAGGUUGUCGAAGAGGAACGCCAGAGACAGCAGGACGGCAAUCCGGAGCAUAGAGGCAACCUCACCUACAUCACCGCUCGCAGACACAGUCAGCAAAGUAAUCGACAGCCUGACCCGAGCUCGGAGCGACAAUCGUAGAUUGCUCAGACUUUCAAGCUCAUCCAUCUCGCUUCCUUCGGUCCUUCGAUCAAAAGGUGUGCGGCAGUCCCACGUUUGACCAUCGUGCACGUUAUGUACCCCCUUAUACCCGCGCACAGGCCUCGCGCAUGGCGCUCAUCUUGGCGGCUUCUUGUUGCGUCUUGCUUGCCUAUGCAAACAGUGUCAUGUCAAUACUCAACAUCUUUUCGAAAACGAUGAAGUCUCAAGUCGGAUCCACUCAAAGGCU